AUGUCACCUCUGGAAUGUUCUGAGUGUUUUGGUGACCAAAUUCUACAUAGGACAUAUACCUGGCACCUAACAUUGCACUCGAGGCCACAUUUUACAAGGAAAGGAGAUGCCAGAUCUGAUAGCCUAGAGAUUCCAAUCAAUGUGGUUCUACCUCAGCGGGGCACAACCGAGCCCUUCUUGAGGCUCCACAACCUGUACCCGAGCCCGCGCUGCGCCAGGCAGGCAGCCCUGCCCAGGCUGAGCCGCAGGGUGGCCAGCCAGCACUCGUACCCGCUGAAUCGCUUCUCCUCGGUGCCCUUGGAUCCGAUGGAGCGCCCCACCUCCCAGGCGGACCUAGAGCUAGACUACAACCCUCCACGAGUACAGCUCAGCGACGAGAUGUUUGUGUUUCAGGACGGGCGGUGGGUCAAUGAGAACUGCCGCCUGCAGUCUCCCUACUUCUCCCCCUCGUCUUCUUUCCACCACAAGCUGCACCACAAGAGGCUGGCGAAGGAGUACCUGCUGCUGGACGAGAACCGGUCCCUGCGGGAGGAGAACCGCGCUCUGCGGGAGGAGAACAAGACCCUCCGGAAAGAGAAUAAGAUUUUGCAGGUCUUCUGCGAGGAGCAAAAGCUCCCGCCGGGCCGGGAGGACAGCAGGGCCUCGUCGCCGCUGCUGCGCAAGGACAGCACGGCUUUGGAGGUGGUAAAGAAGGACCCGGCCCCACACGGGCACCGCAGCAAGGAGAGCAGCACGCUCCAGCUCCUCCGGGAGGAGAACCGGGCCCUGCAGCAGCUGCUGGAGCAGAGGAAGGCCUACUGGGCCCCGGCCGAGGAGAAGACGGGUCCUGCGGAGGAAAGCAACCCGGCCCCCUCACCCCAUGAGGAGCCCCGUGGCUCAGGGCUUCUGACGGAUCCGGGCCCCGGCCUCCCCUCCGCGUUCGAGGAGCCCAAGGGACCUUCGAGCCCGCAGGAGGAUUCCAAGACUCUCCGUGCCCUGCGCGAAAUGGUCAGUAGCCUGGCUGGGCCCUCCCGGGAGGAGAGCCAGGUGGGCCCGGGCCCGGGCCCUGGCAUAGUGGAUGGCAGCCAGCCCCUGGAGCUGCUGAGGGAGAUGAGCCGGGCGCUGCAGGCCCUGCGGGAGGAGAACCAGAGCCUGCAGACCCUGCGUGAAGAGAACCGGCUCCUGCAGGAGGAGAACAGGGCCCUGCACGCUCUGCGCGAGGAGCACCGGCUGUUCCAGGAGGAAAACAAGGCCUUGUGGGAGAACAACAAGCUGAAGCUGCAGCAGAAGCUGGUCAUCGACACUGUGACCGAAGUCACCGCCCGCAUGGAGAUGCUCAUCGAGGAGCUCUACGCCUUCAUGCCAGCCAAGAACAAGGACCCUAAGAAGCCUCCCAGGGUCUGA